AACACAGUCAAUUAAACACUUACAAGAAAUACAGACAAUUAAACAUAUACAAGAAACACAGACAAUAAAACAAGUACAAGAAACACAGACAAUAAAACAAGUACAAGAAACACAGACAAUAAAACACUCAAAAGAAACACAGACAAUAAAACAAGUACAAGAAACACAGACAAUAAAACAAGUACAAGAAACACAGACAAUAAAACAAGUACAAGAAACACAGACAAUAAAACACUCAAAAGAAACACAGACAAUAAAACAAGUACAAGAAACACAGACAAUAAAACACUUACAAGAAACACAGACAAUAAAACAAGUACAAGAAACACAGACAAUAAAACAAGUACAAAAAACACAGACAAUAAAACAAGUACAAGAAACACAGACAAUAAAACAAUUACAAAAAACACAGACAAUAAAACAAGUACAAGAAACACAGACAAUAAAACACUUACAAGAAACACAGACAAUAAAAUAUGUACAAGAAACACAGACAAUAAAACAAGUACAAGAAACACAGACAAUAAAACAAGUACAAGAAACACAGACAAUAAAACACUCACAAGAAACACAGACAAUAAAACACUUACAAGAAACACAGACAAUAAAACAAGUACAAGAAACACAGACAAUAAAACAAGUACAAAAAACACAGACAAUAAAACAAGUACAAGAAACACAGACAAUAAAACAAUUACAAAAAACACAGACAAUAAAACAAGUACAAGAAACACAGACAAUAAAACACUUACAAGAAACACAGACAAUAAAACAA